GCAAAUGCUUGAAGGCCCCGACAAGAAACACAUCCGCGUGUUGUUCUUCAUUGCGCUCGGCGCCACGUCGUUUCUACCACAGAUGCAUUUCCUCGCGCUGUACGGCGUCGACCACUACCUCGCCAUCGUCGACGUCAUCUGGUUGUUUGCCGUGUCUGUGCCGCUGUAUCUGAUCGGGAGCGUCGUGUUUGUCUUCAAGUUCCCAGAGCGCUUCUUCCCCGGCAGAUUCGACAUCUGGUUCCACAGUCAUCAGCUCUGGCACAUCUUUGUCAUUCUCGCGGCAUACGCACACUACCUGUGCAUGUACAACAUGAUGCAUGCGCGGCAGGAGCUCGGCUGUACAAUGGAGAAUGAAUACGCGCUGCUCGCAGAUCAACAGAUGCAACUCGAUGCGGGCGCAACAUCGUGAUGGCAGAGCGCUGCCCUCACAUUUCCACACACACUCACACACUGACGGUGUGUGAUCAUGACGCGACGUGAUUGUGGUUCGCUUCCUUCCUAAUUUGCUGUAGCUAAUUGCUUUUAUCAGUGUGUUUGUUGCGUGUGUGUAUGUGUGUGUGUGUGUGCGUCUCCUAAACAACGGCGGAUCAGUUUAUUGUGCGCGUGUAUUCUUUCUUUUUUGCCUUGGUCUUGUUCUGUCAUUGCUCCUGUCUCUCCUGUGCUCCUGUUGUCUUGCUUGUUUGCUUGUGUUGGUUUGCAUUCUCGCUAUCGGCGUGACUUUUGAUUGAUGGCCGCUGCGUUGCGUUUGUCGUGGGUGUUGCCCAUGUGUUUGUCCCACCCGCCCCCUUGCCCUCUUUCUUUAUCUUUUUUUUUUUUUCAGCUCUCGUCAAAACCAACUUGCUUUCUUCGUUUAGCUCUCUCUCUCUCUCUCUCCCCCCAAUACCAGCGUACGCGUGCGCGUGUGCGCUGUGCGUUUCUCGUUUCAUGUUGACGUGUGUUUGUGUGCGUGCACAUUGCUUCGUGUUCAACACGCGUCACGCGUGUUGCGUUUGUUCGUCUGCAUGAUCAAACCCACGCACACAUGCAAUCGCAUCUGAUACAUGCACUGCGCCAGCACAAACAAAUACGAUGAUCACAUGCACGUGGAAGAAUUCGCCACGCCCUCUCGUUCAACAGACUCAUGAACACAUGAACACAUGAGAACACAUGAACACAUGAACCCCUGAGCUAUCAAC